AUUGACAUACUGUUGAAAUUGUUACCACUGCAGUCGCCAUUAAAAAUUCGUAUUCAGUUUGAGAGGAGUACUUGGAUGGGAUUGAGAUACGUAUUAUUCAGUGUUGCGAUUUUUUCAUUAAAAAUUUUAAUAAUUAUUUGCUAAUAAAGGGCGCUUUAGGCGCAUUAAAUUAACGCAACUAUGAAAAAAGUAUUUCAAACUAAUAUUAGGAAGGUUUACAACCCUAAUGUACAAAAUAAUCAAACAGCACAACAAGAAAGUCAAAUGCAUGCUGUAAAAAAAAUUCAUAAUUUAUUGUCAAGUGGCGCUGUCACUGUGACGGGUCCAAAUCAAUCUAGGAUAACAAAGCCUCAACCAAAAUUCCAAACAAGCUCGGCUGGAGUCAUUCAAGUUGUUCAAACACCAAUACAUAAUAGCCAACCACAGCAAUUCGUCGUGCAACCUCAACAACAAUCUCAAAACCAACAACAGCAUGUUAUAAGUUCGCGGUGUUACGUCUGCGAUGAACCUGCUGGAAACAAUGGUACCAUUCUCAAUGAUGCCAUUACAUCCAGUUCAAGUACCAAAUUCCCAAAUAAGAUUGGUCAAAUAGUCGGUGAUGCUUUUAUGGUUAUCAUUAGUGUUGACGAUGUUUUAUGCAAAAGAUGCACAACUAUGAUUAAUCAUUUAGAUCGAUUAGAAAAUGAUAUAGAAAGGGUAAAACAAAAUAUACUAAAUAUGUUGUAUAGAAAAUAUAGCCUUUCGGAUGAUGGGAAUACAAAUGUUAGUUCACCACCAGUUAAACUGCAAAAAUUAAAUAGUGGUAAUGCUAUAACUGCAAGAAAAUUGGUUGAGGAUGAUACUAAUAAUAGUAGUCAAGCAAGAAAAAUUACAAUUAAUACUAGAGAUCCAAUUGAGAACCAAUUAUCCAAUUUAUUUGAGGGAAAUAGUCCUGAAACAGCAAAACCACAGCAUCCUCCACAGCAAGGACCAGUUCAACAAAUGAAAAUAAUAUCGCCUCAAUUAAGACAGCAACAACUUGCACAGGAGCAGCAAAAGAAAGGUCCUAUUAAGAUAUAUAAAUGCAUGUCCUGCGAAUUUAAAACAAUAGAUUUAAAACAAUUCCAACCUCAUUAUGAAACAUGCAAACAACAAAAUGGGUAUACCUGUAAAACAUGUAAAAGGUCAUUUUCCACACUACCAGCCUUAAGACAACAUAUAGCCGAGAAGCAUCCUACAGAGUAUACUUGCAACAUAUGUAACAUAAACUUCUUAAAUGAGAUUACACUUAAGAAGCAUUUAGAAAUUAAUCACCCUGAUAUGAAACCAGUUAAUGAGCCUGUAGUGACACAACUGUUUACUUGUAAUAUGUGCGCAUUUACUUCAGCUGAUAAAACCGCAUACGAAGAACAUGUGAAAAGACACGCUAAGUUAAAACCAUUCAAAUGUCGAUUGUGUUCAACAAGAUUUGAGACAAGAGAGCAAGCGAAUAUACAUGCAAAAUCUCAUCAGGCUAAUUAUUUUAAAUGUGGUUCAUGUUCUGCUUCUUUUUCACAAAAAGAAUCGUUAUUAAAACAUUUUGAAACUCAUGAACAUAAAGAGGGGCUUGCAAUAAGUAAUAUAAACGCAACUCCAAGUUUGCAACAAAAACCACAAAUACAAAAAAUGCAACCAGUACAGCAACAAGUAAAACCGCAACAACAACAGCAGCAGCAGCAACAACAGCAACAGUCAAUCACUACACAAAAGCUAUUACAAGAAACCAUAGACGAAGCUUUACGAGAAUCCGAAAAUUUAGACUCGAAAGGAGGAAUUCAUUUCUUUUCAUGUAAUAUAUGUUCAUUGACUUUUAUUCAAGAAACAUACUAUAAUCAACAUAUGGAAACGCAUAAACAAGACAAAAAAAUUACGAGUAAUAAUAUAAGCACCAGUAACAGCAGCACUAACAGUGGUACAGUAGUUUCUGUUUCAUCAUAUACAAAUCCGGGAACUUCUGGUGUGAAUGUAAAUAAAGCCAGUAGCAAUUUAUUAACUACAAGUGGAAAUGGAAUACAAUCAGCGACUACCACAAUAAAUAAUAAUGCAAUUUUAGAGGCCGACAUAGAAAGUAUAUUUGAAAAAUUGCAUUCGGAUAAAUCAGAAAAUGAAGUUGUAAACACUACAGCAAGUGGUACAGUAACAACAUCUUCAAUAGCACCCUCAGCUCCAACAAACAGUGAAGGCUUCGUUAUAACAAGUCAGGAAAAUGCUACUGGUAGUAUUACGUUUAAUGUAACAAUUCCAAAAAAUGCAUCGGCUACAACUAAAACGGAAGAUGAGAAAUCAAGAUCUGAAAAUAUUACUGUGGGUAUAUCAAUGCCUGUUUUAGAUCAACCGGAAGAAGAAAAUGAUAAAUCUAAUUCCGGAGGAGUGAAGAAAGACGCUUCAAAUGAGAACACAAACGCAAAAGGGGCAACGAAUGAAAAUGGUAGUAAAAAAGUAGAAAAAUCAAUGUCGGUUUCAUCUGGUCCUGUAAGCAUGCCUAGUUUGGACGAUGACACUGAUGUGUCAACGUCAGUCAAUAGUAAUACUGCGACAAAAUCAACUGCUGAGCCGUCAGCUAGCUCUGUUGAAUCUAAUAAUAAUACAAAUUCUGAAGAGCAAAAAGCAGUAGAAAACCAACAAGCAACUGACCAACAACAACAAGAUCCACAAGAACAGCAACAAACGCAACCGACAGAGCAACAACAGUCCGAACAAUCUCAACAUCCACAAGAAAGUCAAGACAGUUCGCAGCAUCAAGAACAACAUAUGAUUAAUUCAGAUCAAGUAGCUAUGGAAUUAGAAGACAUUCAUAAUGCCGAAAGCGGCCAAAUUAAAUUUAUUUUAAAUGAGAAUGGUCAAAUUAUUCAAUUGGAUAAUCAUAUUAUUACAACUGAUGCAGAGGGAAAUCAAAUUUUAGUUCAGGGUACAGAUUCCGAACAAAUUCAACAAUUGUUGCAAAGUGUUGGCGUUUUACAUAGUGGAGAUGGUUUGGAUGGCGAAACUUUACAAAUGAUUCAGGGUGAAAAUAAUCAAAUGAUAAUAGUUCAAGGAGAUGAAGGACCUCAGCUAAUAGAUGCUUCUUUAUUAAAUGCAGAUGGGCAUAUUGUUAUACAACAACAAGGAGAUGGAGAUAUUGGUGAAGCUACCCAUGCAAUUGGUGAGGAUGGUGUACGUAUUCCAGUUUCAGUAGCGUAUACAGCAGAUGGUCAACAAGUGGUAACAGCACAUCCAGGUGGAAUUGAACAUCAUCAUGAAAGUGUAGCAGAAGGUCAAGUAGAAGCAGAUGACAGUAGUCAUAUUACAACGGGACAAACUACAAUUACAACCCAAUCAUUAACUACCGCUCAAGCUAGCGCGGCUGUUAAUAGUGGUACAAGCGGAGAAACAUUUUUUGCUUUAGAAGAUUUAAUGCAUCAACCUGGUCAAAAACAAGAGUAAAACGUUCAAAAAUCUUUUUUUUCUUUAUAUAUAAGAUUUAUUUAGUUCAUAUUAGAUUUUUUUUUGUUUUUACCAUAUAAUUAAAAAUAUUUUUACUGUUUUGAACGUAAAAAGUUAUUAUUCAAUAAAAAUAAAAAAAAAUAAUUCACAUUCUUAGUAUUUAAGAAUCUUAUUUUAAAAACUUGUCUUAAUUGAAAUGCAAAAUUAAAUAAAAAAAAAAAAAUAAUUAAAAACCAUUAACGCGAUAGAGUUGAAAAUAAGAAAUAUGAUAUCUUAGUUAAAAUGUAAAAAAAGUUAAAAAAAAAAACAAAUUAAUUUUAUUUCAAUUCUUACAAAAAUAUCGAAAAAAAAAUAAAUAUUUUAAUGAAAAAUAAACCUUUGAUAAUAGUUUUAUUUUAGGACAAAAUAAAAAAAAAAUAUUUUUAUUUUUCUUAAUUCGAGGAGUGAAGUAACAAGAAUUAAUAAUGAAGUAAUAUCUAAAUAAAUGAAUAUUAAUAAAAAAUAAAGAUUUUAGCGAAUAAAAAUUAAAAUACACCCAAGAAAAUUUGCUUGUGUCAGGUUUUAAUUUUUUUUUUUUUAUUUCAAAAUAAAACCAACCUAAAUUUUAUUUGAAUGUUUCUUACUGAGCAAAAUAGAGAAGUAUUUGGGGUAAUCUUAUCAAUUUCCAAAAAAUUAUAUAUUUAAUAAACCGAAUUACUUCUCCUAAUUAGAAUCCAAAUAAUAUGGAAUUGCAAUUUAAUUAAAAAGUGUUAUUAAAUAAAAUUUUUUUGUUAUUUUUAAAAAGGAACUUAAAUAAAUCAAUAGUAUAAUUGUGGUCUAACUAAAAAAAUGUAAGAGUUUUUAAACGUAAAAAGUAAAAUUUUAUGGAAAAACAAAUUAAUAUAAUGUAUGAAAAGUUUUAUUAAUUAAAAUUAUAAAUAAAAUGAUAAAUAUUUACUUAUAUGUUUAACGUCUUAAUUGGAUUUUUUUUUUGUAAUUAUAAAACUUCCUUAAUUAUUUUCAAUAAAAGUAUAAAAUAUUUUUUUAAUUAAAUAUUUUUUUGUAAUUUAUUUAUAAAAAAAAGAAUGAAAAAAAAAAGAUUAAUUUAAAAUUAAAAGUUUACAGGUGAUUUUCUGAUUUAGGAGAUGUAGGCCGGUUUAAUUUUUUCAUAAGAUCUUAAAAUAAGAUCACUUUCAGUUCUUCUUUAAAUAUUUAUUACAAAACUUAAAAUAUUUUCAUAUUUAUUAUGAUUUUAUGAUUUAAAAUUGAUCCUUAUUUAUUUUUCCAGAGUUAUAAUUAGUAAAAAAGAAUGCAUGCUUAAUACGAAAUGUAUUUUAAUAUAAUUAUGUGGUACUUUUUCAUAAAAAAUAUUUUUUAUAGAUAAAUUGAACGCACUAAGCACAUUUUUAGUUUUAUUUAAUUUGAC